AUGCGAUUCUCACCCUUCAUCUCCACACUCGUCUAUACCUUUUCCAACUUUUCCCGCGUCCGCGCUGCGCAGUCCCUAGGAUCCCAGGCGCCCCUCGCAGCAAACCGUCAGCUCCGCGCUUCCAUGCCAUCGAUCCCGUUCCUGGGCGCUCUUUUCGGCUCUUCCGCUUCGCAGCAGGACAAGAUGUCGUACCCUGAUAAGAAGUCUGAUGAUGAGUGGCGGGCCGUUUUGAACAAGGAGCAAUUCCGCAUCCUCCGUGAAAAGGGUACUGAGCCCCCCGGCUCGGGCAAGUUCGACAAGCACUACCCGUCCGAGGGCGUCUACGCCUGCGCGGGCUGCUCGACGCCGCUGUAUAAGGCCACACACAAGUUCAAGUCGGGCUGCGGCUGGCCCGCCUACUUUGACUCGCUCCCCGGCGCCGUUGUGCGCCACGAGGACCGCAUGUUCGGCAUGACGCGCACCGAGAUCGUGUGCGCCAACUGCGGCGGCCACCUAGGCCAUGUCUUCAAGGGCGAGGGAUUCGACACGCCGACGGAUGAGAGGCACUGCGUCAAUAGUGUGAGUUUGACUUUUGCGCCGGAUGAGAAGACUGCUGGUGAGAGUGGGAGUGCCGAGGCCGGGAAGGGCGAGAGCAAGGUUUGA